UGGGUCUCCUCUUCUCACUUCAACUAACGACAUAUUUACGAAGAAUCACCUUCUUCAUCACGCUCUAGCCAUGGACUUCAAGGGAGACAACAUCGUCAUUUCGAACAUCAAGCUCGAGAAGUUGCUCUCCAUGAAAGGUGGGAAAGGAGAGAACAGCUACGCUAAUAACUCCCAAGCUCAGGCCAUACAUGCUCGCUCCAUGCUCCACCUCCUUGAAGAAACCCUAGACAGGGUCCAACUCAUGACCUCCCCAGAAGUCCCCUUCGCAGUGGUCGACUUGGGUUGCUCUAGCGGCAACAACACCAUCUACAUCGUCGACGUCAUCAUCAAGCACAUCACCAAGCGAUUCGAAGCCCUCGGGAUCGAGCCGCCUGAGUUCUCAGCCUUCUUCUCCGACCUCCCAAGCAACGACUUCAACACUCUCUUCCAACUCCUGCCACCCCUGGCAGCCCAAGGCGCUGGCAGCAUGGAGGAGUGCCUCGCCGCCGACCACCACCGCUCCUAUUUCGCUGCCGGAGUGCCCGGGUCGUUCCACCGCAGGCUAUUCCCAGCGAGAUCAGUCGACAUGUUCCAUUCAGCAUUUUCCUUGCAUUGGCUCUCUCAGGUGCCGGAGGCAGUGACGGACAAGAGAUCGCCGGCAUGCAACAAAGGAAGAGUGUUCAUCCACGGUGCGGGUGAGAUCACGGCGAAUGCAUACAAGAAGCAGUUCCAGGCCGAUUUGGCGAGCUUCCUGAGAUCAAGAUCGCAAGAAAUGAAGCGGACCGGAUCGAUGUUCCUCGUCUGCCUGGGCCGGACUUCCGUGGACCCCACCGACCAGGGUGGGGCCGGCCUCCUCUUCGGGACCCACUUCCAAGACGCUUGGGGCGAUCUCGUCCAAGAGGGCCUGAUCAGCAGCGAGAAGCGCGACAGCUUCAACAUUCCAGUAUACGCGCCGAGCAUCCAGGACUUCAAGGAAGUAGUCGUGGCCGACGGCUCAUUCACAAUAGACAAGCUCGAGGUGUUCAAAGGGGGGAGCCCUCUAGUGGUGAGCGAGCCAGAUGACGCGUCCGAGGUGGGCCGGGCUUUAGCCACCAGCUGCCGGAGCGUGGCUGGGGUCCUAGUCGAUGCUCACAUUGGCGAGCACCUCAGCGAGAAGCUGUUCCACCAAGUCGAGCGCCGAGCCACGAGCCACGCCAAGGAACUACUGGAGAAGCUGCAGUUCUUUCACAUUGUGGCUUCGCUAUCCUUUGCUUAGAGAAACAAACAAGGCUUCUGAAAAUUGGGGGAAAUUGGGAUUUCUUAGUUCGUCUUUUCUGACUUUUCUAUCCCUCUCCUUUGUGUCAAGUACUAACAUGUUGCAUAGUGGAGUCAAGAGACGAGAAAGCAGCUUUCUUUCCUUCUGCGUGUUUUUGUGUAAUCUUUGAUCCAUACUGUAGUUAUCUUCACAAAUUAUAUGUGCGUGUUAGUGUC